CUUCCUGUGGCUAACAUGCUAACUUGUUCCGUUACGUCGUUCCCAUAAAAUUCAGUCUGAGUGAAGCAGCAGAGCCUGUUUAUCUGGAUAAAGUUGUUGAAGUGGACUUUGUGUAAACUUUCGGGAUGUUUCAGCUCAGACUCAUCUCCUGUUGAAGUUAAGUUAGCGUAUGUGAAGGAAGUUAGCGUAGCUUGCUAGCAGGAAAUAGACGGAGCUCGGCGUCACGGUGCUAGUCGGAGUAGCUUCGACAGAGACCAAACUGUAUUUUUCACGGAGCCCAAAUGUCCAGAUAGAGCUGUGUGAAUAGACUCUGUGCUGUUCCCUUUAUUUGACGCUGUUUUCCAUCUGAAUGAUCUGCUGCUGUCCGACGAAGCUAAUGAAGCUAACUUAGCCCGCUAGCAGGAAAUAGACGGAGCCGAGCGUCAUUUAAUCAUCAGAGAGAACAAAGAGUUUUUAACGGAGUGAGUCUGGAGGAAAAGCUGCUGUGAAUCAGUCAAAAUGUCUAAAGUCCAAACGCUGAGAGCUUUUGUGAAGCAGCGACUAACUGCGGCUGCUGAAGAGAUAUUUGAGCAGUUUGAAAGAACGAUAGCAGAGUACGAGGAGGAAGUUUGUCGACAACAGAAACUACUGGACGCUGUUUUCAAGCCUGAAGUCCGGUUACACAGAGCAGACGUCCAGCUGCUGUUGGUGAGGAAAGAAGAGGAUCCUCCUGAGCAGCAGGACUGGAGAUCCAGUCUGGACCAGGAGGACCCAGCAGAGCCGCCUCACAUUAAAGAGGAACAGGAGGAGCUGUGGACCAGUCAGGAGGGAGAGCAGCUGGGAGGUCUGGAGGAGGCUGAUAUCACCAAGUUCACGUCCCCUCCUGUCCCUGUGAAGAGUGAAGAAGAGGAUGAAGAGGAACCUCAGUCCUCACAGCUUCAUCAGAGACAAACUGAGCAGAUGAGAACAGAAUCUGAUGGAGAGGACUGUGGAGGACCAGAACCAGCCAGGACCUCAGAUCCUGUUACACCUUUACCACCUGAGACUGAUGACAGGACUGCAGAUUUUUCUAAACUUAAGGAAAAAGUCAGUGAUGAUUGGAAGAAAUGCAGUGAACCUGAGUCAGGUUUAAACUGUCUGAAAAGUAACAGUGAAUGUCGUUCUGCCAGGAAAUCAUUGAGCUGCCUUGUGUGUGGUAAACGAUUCAGCUAUAAGUCAAAUCUUCGGACACACAUGAGAAUUCACACAGGAGAGAAACCCUUGAGUUGCUCAGUUUGUGGUAAAAGAUACCAGCGAAAGAAAUUCUUCAGGAAACACAUGAGACUUCAUUCAGAGGGAAAACGUUUCAGCUGCUCAGUUUGGAAGAAAACUUUGCAACAGAGAGAACAUGUUGUGAGGCACAAGAGAGUCCACACAGGAGAGAAACCCUUCAGUUGUUCUUUCUGUGGAAAAGAAUUUGCAAUAGGCUCAAGUUUGAGGAAACACAUUAGAGUUCAUACUGGAGAAAAACCUUUCAGCUGCUCAGUUUGUAAAGUUAGUUAGUCUCAGAAACAAUUUGUCCAGACACAUGAGGACCCACACUGGGGAGAAACCAUUUAGUUGUUCUUUCUGUGGUAAACGAUUUGCAUUCAGCUCAAAUCUGAGGUCUCACGCAAAAGUUCAUACUGGAGAAAAACCUUUCAACUGCUCAGUUUGUAAAGUUAGUUUCAGUCGCAGAAACAAUUUGACCAGACACAUGAGGA